AGAGCACCGGGCGGGUCAUCGACACAACAGUACUAUAUAUAAGCAAGACGAUGAUGGUGUAUAAGCAUAUGGGAAUGCGUCGUCAAUGCAUCAGUUUCUUUGCAGCCGUAUUUCUCUUCCUCGUGGCGGCGGCCGGAAGAGCCGUUCCUAGCACCGAUACAGCUGGCUUCGACGAGAACUACUAUGUUGAAUGGGGGAACGAUCACGUCUUGUCUCUGAACCAGGGCAGAGAAAUUCAGCUCUCCAUGGACAAAUCCUCCGGGUCUGGAUUUGGAUCGAAACAGAGAUAUGGAUCUGGGUUCUUCGAGAUGAGAAUAAAGUUACUGGGAAAUGAUUCAGCCGGAGUUGUUACAACUUUUUACCUGACGUCGCACGAAGGAAAGCACGAUGAGGUGGACCUGGAGUUCUUGGGCAACAGAGAAGGAAAGCCCAUCGCGUUGCAGACAAACGUGUUCUCCAAUGGCCAAGGCAACCGAGAGCAGAGGAUCCUUCUCUGGUUUGAUCCCACCGCCGAUUUCCAUUCUUACAAGCUCCUCUGGAACCAACACCACAUCGUAUUCUACGUGGACGACACACCGAUUAGAGUGUUCAAGAACAAUACAGAAAUAGGAGUGAAGUACCCAUCACAGCCGAUGCAGAUAGAGGCGAGCUUGUGGAACGGCGACAGCUGGGCAACGGACGGCGGCCAGACGAAGACAAAUUGGUCUUUUGCGCCAUUCAAAGCACAUUACCGAGGUUUCGACGUCCAUGGCUGCGUCGGCGCGGCCGCUAAUUGCCACUCUUCUAGCUUCUGGUGGAACGACGUCAAGUACUGGCAACUGGACGAGUCCCAACAGAAAGCAUACGACGUCGUCAAAAGGAAAUACAUGAACUAUGACUAUUGUAAGGAUACUCGUAGGUAUCCUAAUCCUCCUCCUGAGUGCCUCGUCGCCUAAUUAAUUAGCUUAAUUAAUCACAUACAUACAUACAUACAUUAAUGUGAUGGAUAUAUAUGAUAAUAUUAUUGGAAUAAUAAAAGUGGUCUCAUCAUCAACGGAUGUCGCCAUGCAUGUC